GUUGUUGCAUAUGGAGUUUCAGAGCAUCUUCUUCCUUUUGAGAUUAUCUUCUGUUGAAGCUGAUAAAAAGUAGAGGAGCCAUUAUCUCUUGCUCAUGAUGGAGCUAAGUAAUAUAAGUUAUUGAAUGAUUAGACGAAAAGAGAUUUUUUCUUCUGGGUCUUUGUUUUUGCUCUAGAAAGUAUGCAAUUCAAAGUUUUCUUCUGGGUUUUUUUAUGGGAUUGUCUUGCCGAUGCUGAUAUUUCAUAUUAAUUCAGUUGACAAAGCAGAACCUUUUUCUUCCAUAUCUUUGUCCAUUUUUGAGAACCUUUAGUGUGAGUCACUUGCAUAUACUCUUUUGGUUUUGUGUUCAGGCUGUCAUGCUUAUAUAUUUAAUAUGAACUCAUCCACUGAAGACAAGUUAAACCACGAGCGGUUCUUCGCACAGCAAAAAUAGAAACCUGAAGAUUUCUUUUUGGUCGGCCCUUUUUCAGCCUCUUUCACAGUAGAUGGCUUCUGAUCUGAUUAUUGUUGUUUGAUGAUAAGUUGGGUCAUGUGACAGCAUAUACACCUUCUUUGCUCUCUGUUCUGUGCAAGAGUGGCGGAGCAUUGAACUUGGAUUCCUGAAGGAAUUUUUUCCCAAGAAAAAAGAUGGGAUUUCUAGAUCUUUUGAUAAUUGCUUCGAUGCCAGUUUUGAAAACGCUCCUUGUGACUGCACUGGGAUUAUAUCUUGCUCUUGAGAGUGUUGAUGUAAUGGGGGAGAGCGCAAGGAAGCAAUUGAAUAGAGUUGGAUAUUUCGUGUUCAGUCCGGCACUAGUUGGCAGCACCCUGGCCAGGACAGUUACUUCGGAGAACACUGUCCAAUUGUGGUUCAUGCCAGUCAAUAUCCUGAUUACGUUUAUCAUUGGAUCUGCACUAGGGUGGAUACUGGUGAAAUUCACUCGGGCACCGCAGCAUGUGAAAGGCCUUAUAUUGGGUUGCUGCGCAGCUGGAAAUUUGGGACAUUUGCCUCUGAUUAUCAUCCCAGCACUAUGCAAAGAGCAAGGCAGUCCAUUUGGAGUGCCUGAUGUUUGCCUUAAAUAUGGGAUGGCUUAUGCUUCAAUUACUAUGGCGGUGGGAGCUGUUUACUUGUGGUCUUAUGUUUUUAACAUUGUACGGGUGUCCGCAAGUAAUAUAACAAGAGAAGAGGAGAAGAUAGACGAAUCGGUGAAAGAUACAGAAUCUACAACAGAUACGAGUAUGUUAGUCCAAGAGUGCCCUGAAGCACUUGUUCCAUCAACCAAGUGCACCUCUACGGAUGACUUGGAUGAAUUGACGCUUCCUUUGGUAAAGCCCGAGGGGAAUAGCCAGGUCUCAACUUGGGGCAAAAUAAAGCAAUGCUUAACAAAGAUCUCAAAGAAUAUCGAUCUCCAGACAUUGUUGGUACCAUCAACUAUUGCAGCGAUUGUUGGAUUUAUUGUGGGUGUUGUUCCACGCAUCAGAGGUUUACUGAUUGGCACUGGCGCUCCCUUAAGGGUCAUAGAAGACUCUGCUUCUUUACUGGGGGAUGCAGCCAUCCCUGCUGUUACCUUGAUUAUGGGAGGAAAUCUUCUCAGAGGAUUGAGGGGUUCGGGCGUUCAGCUAUCUCUGAUUGCUGGAGUUGUAGCGGUUCGGUACAUCUUACUUCCUCUCGUUGGGAUUGUUAUUGUGAAAGGCGCACUGUACUUUGGUCUGGUGCAUAAAGAUCCACUAUAUCUGUUCGUUCUCCUUCUACACUAUGCCCUUCCUCCGGCGACAAACAUAGGCACGAUGACCCAGUUGUUUGGAGCAGGUGAGAGCGAGUGUUCUAUUGUGAUGCUGUGGACGUACGCCCUGGCUUCGGUUGCACUAACAGUUUGGUCAACCAUCUUCAUGUGGGUAGUAGCUUGACUUUCUUUCGGCUUAACUUUCUUCAUGGAGGGUGGAUGCAUUUUUCCACGUGUUCGAGAUUGAUUCAGCGACAAAUGUGGGAAAUAGGGCGUCUCUGCUUUCGCGCAUUGACCACAACACUCAUCAUCAUUCUUUCUUGGCGGCAAUUGUGCACGGCCAAGUUAUACCGCCGGAGAUUUGGUCGUUCCCUGUCGGCAAACAGCAUUGGGAUGUACUUUUAUUCAGCUUAUCAGCCUGAUUUUGCAUUUUGGCAGGAGUCUGCUUGCAGUGAUAGUACUUGUUCACGAUGUGAGUGAAUAAGUACAUUACUCAUGCUACUUUCACCUCCACAUCUUAUUCCUUAUAUCUAGGCACUGGUUAUAUUCAUGAUUCUUUGAAAUAAGGAUGGUAUGGUAGGACCUUAGUUU